CAGUCAACAAGAGGGGGGCCCUUCUCUCUCUCUCAAUUGCUAUAUUUUUUUUUUCUUGAGAAAAACCCUACCCAUUUCAAGGUCAUACUCACAGUCACAACUACGCGAACAGAUUCAUAUGUUAUAAUAAUAACUAUGUAUAAGCAUAAAUUGAUUGCGUAGUUGUGAGAAUUGAGAUAUUUUCAUUUGAUCAAUUCAUUUUCGAUGACAUCGGAGAUCGAGGUCGUUGAGGAGGAGGAGGUUGAAUCUAGGGAUCAAAAUCCAGAGUCUGCCGUCGGAGGAAAGUCAGCUAUCGGAGGGGAAGAUGAGAAUUUAAGGGAUGAUGUUUACACUGCGGCUGCGUAUGGAGACAUGGAGAAGCUUCAGAGAUUGGUGAAAAGUGAAGGUCGGUCGGUUUCCAUACCAGAUAGUAGUGGAUACUAUGCUUUGCAAUGGGCAGCUCUCAACAAUCGGACUGCUGCUGCACAGUUUAUCAUUGAGCAUGGUGGAGAUGUCAAUUCUGUAGACCAUACUGGGCAAACUGCACUUCACUGGAGUGGAGUGAGGGGUGCGAUUCAGGCAACUGAGCUUUUACUUCAAGAAGGGGCACGGGUUAAUAUAGCCGAUAUGUAUGGGUAUCAGGUAGUCCAUGUUGCAGCACAAUAUGGCCAGACAGGUUUCUUGUAUCACAUUGUGACAAAGUGGAAUGCCGAUCCUGAUCUUCCUGACAACGAUGGGAGAAGUCCUUUACACUGGGCUGCAUACAAGGGUUUUGCUGACUGUAUACGCCUUCUGUUAUUUCUUGAUUCAUAUAGAGGGCGGCAAGACAAAGAAGGUUGUACCCCUCUUCAUUGGGCGGCAAUUAGGGGGAAUCUUGAAGCAUGCACUGUUUUAGUGCAGGCUGGGAAGAAAGAAGAUCUAAUGGUGGCUGAUCAUACUGGUUUUACACCAGCUCAGCUUGCUGCGGAUAAGGGUCACAGACAAGUUGCUUUUUUCCUUGGGAAUGCCAGAAAAUUGCUUGAGAAGCGAUGGGAUCCAAACAGCCGCCUUGGUCGAAUUUCCAAAUUAGGCCUUGCACCUCUUCUUUGGUCUAUCAUUAUUGUGCUACUUCUCACUUAUAUUAAUUCAGUCAUAUUGGCAUCAAAUUUGCCAAGGUUAACUGCUAGCUUCGCUCUUUUUGCAUGGUUUGGCGUCUUCCUAACAACUGCAGGGCUAUUUUUGUUUUAUAAGUGCACCAGGAAAGAUCCAGGGUACGUUAGAAUGAAUGUGAAUGACCCCCAAAGCAUAAAGGACGAUGAACCCUUAUUGAAAAUUGAGAUGAAUAAUCCUGCAUUGCUGGCUGGAAACUGGUCUCAGCUCUGUGCAACAUGCAAGAUUGUCAGGCCCCUUAGAGCAAAACAUUGCUCCAUUUGUGAACGAUGUGUUGAACAGUUCGAUCACCAUUGCCCAUGGGUAUCCAACUGCAUCGGAAAGAAAAACAAAUGGGAUUUCUUCUUUUUUCUUGUCCUCGAAGUUCUUGCCAUGCUGAUUACGGGUGCUGUGGCACUUAUCAGAAUUUUGACUGAUCAAACGGCUCCAUCUUCUUUCGGAGCAUGGGUGAACCAUGCUGCUACUCAACAUAUGGGUGCUGUUGCAUUUCUUCUUUCAGAUUUCUUCCUCUUUUUCGGUGUGGCUGUCUUAACUAUCAUGCAAGCUUCUCAGAUAUCACGCAAUAUUACGACAAAUGAGUUGGCAAAUUCUAUGCGCUAUAACUACCUUAGGGGAGCAGGUGGGCGUUUCAGGAACCCUUUUGAUCAUGGAGUCAAGAAGAAUUGCUCUGAUUUCUUGAUCAAUGGAUACAACGAAGAUGUGGAAUAUGAUGAAGAAGAUCCAACUCUAAGGGAAGAAGGGAUUGGAAUGCUACCCAUUUCAAGGGCUUCAGGUCAUCUUCAUAAUCAUGGCCAUUCUCACAUUCAGUCAGAACCAAGCGAAGGCCAAGAAGCAGCAGUCACAGAUGUGAAAAGCAGCAGCAGCCGGAAAACAAAUCAGAACCAUGUUCAUUCUUCCCAUUGUAACCAUAGCAACAACCACAACCACGGCCAAUCAGACAGUGUACCUGUCGGUUUGGGUAUAGGAUUAGGGCGAAACAAUUUGCGAUCAAUUGUUUCUUCAUGAUGAUCUGUUUGUGAAUUUGUUCAUAUGACCUAGUUCAUUUCAAAGGUGUGCUUCUACUACUUUUAAGGAUCAAAGUGAAAGAAAAAGAUGAGUGAAAAAACCUUACUAUUAUUAUUUGAACAUAUUGGAUUAAUUGGUUUGUUGGUCAAUGGAAAAAAAAAAUAUAGAUAUUCAUUUUUUUCA